AUGCCUUCGCCCGCGAUUCUGCUAAACUCGCAACCUGCCGAGAUGCCCGACCCGGGUCUCUUCUCCGACAAGCUGGUCUCCGCCGACGUCGCCGCAGCCCUGCCCCCAGGCUACCGCAUGCGCGCUCUGCGCCGCUCCGACUACGCCACCGGCUUCCUCGAGUGCCUGCGCGUCCUGACGACGGUCGGCGACAUUGCCGAGGCCGACUUUCAACGGCAGUACGACGAGAUGCAGGCUCAGCCGGGGUCCUACUACAUCAUGGUCAUUGAGGACGCGGCCCGCAAAGAAAAUGCCGUCGUCGCCACCGGCGCUCUGAUUGUCGAGCGAAAGUUCAUCCACUCGCUUGGAAAAGUCGGCCACAUCGAAGACAUUGCCGUCGCGCAGGACCAGCAGGGCAAGAAACUCGGCCUCCGCCUCAUCCAAGCCCUCGAUCACGUCGCCGCUUCCGUUGGCUGCUACAAGACUAUCCUCGACUGCAGCGAGGCCAACGAGGGAUUCUACAUCAAGUGCGGCUUCCGUCGCGCUGGUCUCGAAAUGGCUCACUACCACGAGGGCCCUAAGAGCAAAGGUCAUUAG